AUGGCUCGAUACGAUCCAACUACAAAAACCUGGUUCGGACCAGCCCUUCCUGGUGUGCUCAAUCCGGAGGCAAACUUCGGCCAAGUGGUACUCAAUUUGCUGGCUCGAACCCCGUCGAAGGUGAUCCAAAUCAAUGCCGACAGCGGCCGGGAGUUGAGCUGUGCCGAGCUGCGACUGCGAAGUGUCCGAAUAGCCUUGAAUCUAACCGGGAAGCUGGGCCUCCGGAAGGGCGAUCUGGUUUCGCUGGUCUGUGCGAACAGUGACAAUGUAGUACCGGUGGUUGUUGGCUGUUUGACUAUCGGACUGGGUGUGAAUCCGUUGGCACCGGUUUUCAAUAAGGACGAUCUGGUGCAUAUGAUGCGAUACACUAAGUCGAAGGUGGUGUUUUGCGAUGAGGAUAAUCGUGAAGUGGUUGAGGAAGCUGUGAGUGAAGCAAUAGGGGAGGGUUGCGUGAAAAUUUUCGUUUUGGGUAAGGCAUCUGGUCGGUGUGGAUCAAUAGAGGAACUGUUGGUUCCCGCUCAAGGGGAAGAAAAAUUCGUGCCGGAGUAUUUGGGAGACUCGAAGAAGCUGCUGGCAGUGAUUUUGUGUUCGUCGGGUACCACCGGACCACCGAAAGGGGUGUGCUUAUCUCACGCGCACAUCCUCGAAGGGGAAGUGUUUGCUUGUGAACUUGAUGCCGGGCCCAUCUUCAACUAUAGUCCCCUGUUUUGGGCAACAGGAGUUUUUGCCAUGCUGACGUCCCUGUACUACACCCGCCCUCGUGUCAUCACUUCACAAUCGUUCACGGAGGAAAAUCUAAUCUCAAUAAUAGAGCGCUUCAAAGUGGAGGAUAUUUUUACGCCACCAUCGUACAUCUCUGUAUUGCAAAUUCAUCCCAAAUUUCCGACAGCCAAUUUUAGCAGCAUAAAACGAUGGACUAUGGGAGGAGCGAUUGUUUCCGAAGAGCUGCGUUCCUGUCUAGGAGCUAGGUUUCCGAACGGUGUUGCCAAACCGGUUUACGGUUCUUCGGAAAUAGGUUUUAUCACUUCGGGCACUGGACCUUUUGCUCCCGGAUCUGUCGGAACAUUGGCUAACGAUGUGAGUGGGAAAAUAUUUGACGAAAAUGAUCGACGACUUGGUCCAGGAGAACGCGGUGAGAUUCGUGUCAAGUAUAAGCACAGAUUUUUGGGCUACUUGAAUAGUGAGGAAGCAACGAAGAAUGCUUUUGAUGAGGAAGGUUUUUUCAAGACAGGUGACAUUGGUUACUUUGAUGAGAAGGGUUUUCUCUAUGUGAUCGAUCGAAUCAAAGACAUCAUCAAGUACAAAAACUUUCAAAUCUCACCCUCCGAUCUGGAGGCCAUCAUCGAGCAGAUCGACGGUGUGAAGCAGGUUUGCGUCGCAGGCAUUCCGGUGGAGGACCGCUCGUCGGAUCUACCAACGGCGGUGAUAGUACGAACCAAUGGAUCAACCCUGACGGAGCAGCAAGUGAUCGACACCGUCGACGGUCAGGUUAGCGACCAUAAGAAACUGCGCGGAGGAGUGUUUUUCGUAGAUCAACUGCCAACAUCGGCGGCGGGAAAGGUACUGCGAAGAGUAGUAAAGCAGUUGGUCAUGGAGAAGAAGAUCAACGUAUAA